UUUGUCAGAGGGAGGGAAGUCGAGAGAGCGAGAGAGAGGCGAACCGAAGAAGGGAGGGAGAGAGAGAGAGAGAGAGAGGUGAGCCGAAGCAGGAGAGAGGUGCUGAGGUGCUGUUCGAUUCUAAGGCGGGCCGUUGGGGAGCGUACUGCCGUUGCAUUCGAAGGGACUAGGGACGUGGGGCCGGCAGAUUGCGGACAAAGGGAAAUCAGAUCAAACCCUAAUUUCCAAAAUCAGAGACUGAUUUUGUAGAGGAAGAAAGAGAAGAAGAGAUGGGAGAAAGGAAGGUAUUGAACAAGUACUACCCGCCGGACUUCGAUCCGUCGAAGAUCCCACGGCGUAGACAGCCCAAGAACCAGCAGAUGAAAGUCCGAAUGAUGCUUCCGAUGAGCAUUCGUUGCAACACCUGCGGAAAUUACAUCUACAAAGGCACCAAAUUCAAUUCCAGGAAAGAAGAUGUUGUUGGUCAGACAUAUUUAGGAAUCCAAAUAUUCAGAUUCUACUUCAAAUGCACUAAAUGCUCAGCUGAACUUACAAUGAAGACCGACCCGCAAAAUUCAGACUAUGUUGUUGAAUCAGGUGCGACUCGCAAUUUCGAGCCAUGGCGUGCGGAGGAUGAGGAGGCAGAAAAAGAAAAGAGGAAAAGGGAUGCUGAAGAGAUGGGGGAUGCCAUGAAAUCUUUGGAGAAUAGAACUUUGGAUUCAAAAAGAGAGAUGGACAUACUUGCUGCACUGGAUGAGAUGAAGUCUAUGAAGUCAAGACAUGCAACUGUGAACGUGGAUGAGAUGCUUGAGGCAUUGCAACGCACUGCUGAGGAGAAGGAGAAGAAGUUAGAAGAAGAGGACGAAGCACUCAUCAAAACAGUUUUUUUUCGUGCUUCAGAAAAUUUUGUUCGGCGGAUCCCUGAUGAAGAAGAUGAUGAUUCAGAUGAAGAUUUAUAUCAGCCAAUUUCCAGUUCAGGCGAGCAAUCGAAUACAAAAAGGAUAAAAAUUACUGAUGAAGUUCCAGGCGGAACAGUGGAUAAUCCAACAAAUGUAUUGACAAAAGCUAGUACCAUUAAUGACUCUGACAAUAAAGAAACGGUGAAUGGUGUUGAGGCCCGUAAACCCAAGUUUAUUAUCAAACCCCCCUCUGUGACGGUCAAGGUUGUUAAGAAGCCUCCACCUGCUCAGAUGGAAAACGGAGAAUCAAAAGUGGAAAAUAAGCAAGAGGAGUCCAAAGCCAGUGAGAUGAAUACAGGACUUCAAUCACUCUGCCAGAAUUACGAUAGUGAUGAAAGUGAAUGAUGUCUUUGUUGGAAAGACCUGAAAAGAACUGGGCAACAAUUUGAUUCUCACCAAUUACUGACUGAGAUGCAAUACUGGAUCUUUCCUUAAGAUGGUGAGUUGUUGUACUGUGUGUUCUUUGUUUUACGGCUUUUGUUUGAAUCUUUAUUCACUGAGUACGAGGUUAACUAAGCCAAGCA